GAGGACUUCCUGUCCCACCCACAUUCUCGUGUCGCUUCCGGGUGGCAGCACAAGACUCCUCCAGCGAGCCGACGUUUUCUUUCCGCUGUAAACAAAAGUUACUCAACGGUUUAGACCCGACGACACAUUCAGCAACAAGACAUGCAUAUCAAAACAGGUACAUGGGAAGCCAACAACACUGUAUGUGAGUCAGAUACCUUGUGUGAUCCAGCAGUCCUCGUUUCAGCCACCAACUCCGAGCCACACAUUCGCAACCGACGCCUGUCACCUGGCUCAGGCAACUGUGGAGGAGGUGGGGGUGGAGGUUGUAUCUCUGGAGGAAACCAGCAGCCCCGACAGCUUUCACCCGAGGGCGAACUGAUCGGACCCAGCCACACACACCCCUUCAGCUUUCGCAGGGAGAAAGAACGCAAGGGCCAGCAACACAAAGGCCGCAGCCUCCGUAGGGAAAGCCAAAAGGGGGUCAGCCGAGUGAGCGACCGGCCCCAAAAGGUUAACCAAAAGGAGAGGUGGGUGGAGGACAGUCUGUCACUGCUCAAGCCCCCGCCUGCCUUCCCAGUGCAGGACAGCCCCGCCAAGCUGCAGCCUGCCGUCAGUUACGCCUCCAAGGUGAAGGCGGGCGCAGCAAGUGGAGCGCUGGAGGAGGACCGCCCCGCCAUUGGUGUGCUGCUACAGAACCAGUGGGGUCUCAGUUUCAUCAGCGAGGCGAGACCAGCCACAGAGGGCUCCGGCCUUCGCCCCGCUGCCAACGCCCUCGCAUCUCAGCCCACAGACACACAACAGUCAGCAGACCCACAGCUCGAGACAGUUCUCACAGUCCAGCCCCCCGAAGAAACGCCUGUUCCAGUCGCUACCUCCGUCACCCCCACCACACGCCCUGAGGUAGACGAGAGCAACGGGAAGCUGCUGCUUAGUUGUCGCCAUCUAAUGGAGGCUCUAAACUAUCACAGUAGAGAAUGGAACGCUAUCUGUAACAAACAGAAAAAAGAUCCAAAAAGGGUUGUCUGGUACAAGGACACCCAGGAGCACCCAGCCUAGCAGUGUGAGAAACCCAAAGCAUAUAUAAACACAUACACAACACCUACAUGCACAUUAAAACACAUAAAGAUGGACAGUUUUUUGAGUCCCCUUCACACACUGCACUCAGGAUGAUGUCUUCACGCAAAGCCACACUGAGACACUUUGGACUAACUCCUUUGAGAUCUUACAGCAAUGGACUUUUUUAACGCCUUACAGAAAGCCUGCCUUAAUUAAUCAGACCUGUUUUCAUCACCUCAUUACGAUUUUUAGCUUCUAUGUGUAGAGCUGGUCUUUUUUAAAACAAUCUGAGGAGCUGUAAUUCAGUUUUUUUCCCCUUUUUUUGAAAGCUGCAGUUUUAUCUUUUUUUUUUUUUUUUUUGUCCUCUGUAAAGCGAGUGGUCAAUCAAGCACUUUGUUAAAAAAAAAUCUGUUGUGACCAAUCCCUGUGUGCGAGAAACCCUCACCAGAGUGAUUUAUUUUUUUCCCCCUUCUCAAUUAUAAACAGAAGAAUGUCUUGUAAUCUGCUUGAGUUUAACUGUUAAUGUUUGCAGAGGACCUCUGUAUCCGUGUCUUCAGUUUACAGAAGGGUGUAGUCAAAGGCACAGUAGAGUUCACCCUUUACCCCUGUCGGAUCUUAAUGCUGUUUUCCUUUCUUUGUUUUUAUUUGGUCCCCUAAUCGGUUGAAUGUUGCUCAUGAAUCCAUAAGGGAUCUCACCGUGUUCAGUAUGUUUUGUUUUGUUUUUUUUUUGAAAAGGAAAAUUUAUUGAAUUUAAAAAAAAAAAAAUUACACUGGAGGAGGAAUGUAAGUGAACAGUAUUGCUUAAUAAAAAUGAAUAAACUUGA